GUAUCGGAGCGUACAGGUGCACGAGCGGAUGCCUCCACCACUCGUCACGGCAACCAAACGCUCGUCUGCGUGAGGCGGAUGAAGCACGAGCUAUGCACCCCAUCCAAACACGCCCAAAGUGGCCUGGCGGCCCGUUCUGGAUUGGUCAGUGCCUCUCUGCCUCCCUUCACCUCGGUUCUCGUGCAGCAAUCUCUCCUCCCCUGCUUGCUCGAUUCAAAUGUUUGAAUUUUUUCGCUAUCUCAAUUUCGUCCUCAUCUCGGCUUGUUCUUGGUUGUCUGCUAAUUACUAUUAAAGGCUUCCUGCUUUUCUGAGCUGGAUUGUGGCCAGCCCAAUCUUGGACAGCUCACCGGCCCGAGUCCAACAGCUUCUUUACCUUUCCCCCCAAUUCUUGGAGCUGGACUCUUCGAAAUCCAUCCAAAUUUCCAGCGUCUCCUUGGCAAGAUUGCUCUCUUUGUCAGAUUCCCGGCCGGGAAUCUUGAGUUCUUCGCACUCCUGUUGCGUUCCGAUUAGUUCUGAGCUCCAAAGGUAGCGGGCUGCAUUGCUCCCUACCGAUGGCGAGGCUCGCCGCCGCGCUGCUUGUGGCAGCGGCAGUGUUGUGCUGGGCGGCGGCGGGGGUGGAGGCGCUGGGGAUGAACUGGGGCACGCAGGCGACGCACCCGCUGCCGCCCAAGGUGGUGGUGCAGCUGCUCCGGGACAACGGGAUCAAGAAGGUGAAGCUCUUCGACACCGACUUCGCCGCCAUGAGCGCGCUCGCCGGCAGCGGCAUCGAGGUCAUGGUGGCCAUCCCCAACAACAUGCUCGCCGACCUCGCCGGCGACUCCGGCGCCGCAAAGGACUGGGCCAAGCGCAACGUCAAGCGGUACGACUUCGACGGCGGCGUCACCAUCAAGUACGUGGCCGUCGGCAACGAGCCGUUCCUGCAGUCCUACAACGGCUCCUUCAUCAACAUUACCUUCCCGGCGCUGCAGAACAUCCAGAACGCGCUCAACGACGCCGGCGUGGGCGACAGGAUCAAGGCCACCGUCCCGCUCAACGCCGACGUGUACAACUCCCCCGCCAAGAACACGGUGCCGUCCGCCGGCCGCUUCCGCGCAGACAUCUCCGGCCUCAUGACGGACAUCGUCAAGUUCCUGGCCAAGAACAACGCGCCCUUCACCGUCAACAUCUACCCGUUCCUCAGCCUGUACCUGAACGACAACUUCCCGCUCGACUACGCCUUCUUCGACGGCGGAGCCACGCCCGUGAACGACAACGGCGUCAUGUACACCAACGUGUUCGACGCCAACUUCGACACGCUGGUGGCCGCGCUCAAGGCCGUGGGGCACGGCGACAUGCCCGUCAUCAUCGGCGAGGUCGGCUGGCCCACCGACGGCGACAAGCACGCCAAGGCCUCCCACGCCCAGCGGUUCUACGCUGGGCUGCUCAAGCGGCUGGCGGCGAACACGGGCACGCCGGCGCGGCCGAACCAGUACAUCGAGGUGUACCUGUUCGGGCUGGUCGACGAGGACGCGAAGAGCGUGGCGCCGGGCAACUUCGAGCGGCACUGGGGCGUCCUCCGGUACGACGGCCAGCCCAAGUACGCCAUGGACCUCACCGGGCAGGGCCGGAACACGAUGCUCGUGCCGGCGAAGGGCGUCAAGUACCUGUCGAGGACGUGGUGCGCGCUGAAUCCCAACGCCAAGGACCUCGGCAGGCUCGGCGCCAACAUCGACUACGCGUGCACUCACGCCGACUGCACGCCGCUCGGCUACGGCUCGACGUGCAACGGCAUGGACACCGCCGGCAACGCCUCGUACGCGUUCAACGCCUACUACCAGGCGCAGAGCCAGAAGGACACGGCCUGCGACUUCCAGGGCCUCGCGCUGCCGACGGAGAAAGACCCGUCCACGGCGACGUGCAACUGCACCAUACAGAUCGAGACCGGGGCAGCGGCGGCAUUGCACGGCCGGAGCGGCGGGACAGGCGUCGCGGUGGUGGCCGCCCUGCUUGUGGCGCUGAUCCAGUUCUUGGCGUUGUCGUAGUAGCUACUGCCGCCGUGCGCAGUGGUGGUGCGCUUGUGUACGUGUCGGAAAGAUCAAUCUGUUCCGUUGAUUUGUUGCCUUUUUUUGUUUGAAGAUUCAAUUCAACCAUCAUUUGACCUUCUCAGCUAGAUAACACGCUGGUAUUCUAAUUCUACAAGUGAUUAAUUGACUGAA